CAAUGGCGUCACUCAUUCCAUCGGUGAGAUCCAUUGGAUGCUGCGAUCUGUGAGUUUGUAUGGCAGGGUCGAAGCGGUUAUCGUAGUCCGUGCGAGAGGGGGAGCUUCCGUUUGCUCGGAGGAGUGAAAAUUCUUCGAUUUCGAGUUCGUCGAUGGCUUCGUCCACGGAUGCGUGGUACUUGGCCCUGUUGGGCCUGGCCGAGAAUUUCCGGACUUCGACGCCGCCGAACAUUCGACUCUGCAUUCAGUGUCUUCAGGCUGUGUUCACGUUCAAGCCCCCGCCGAAGGUGGAGGCCCGGACGUAUCUGCAGCUGGGGAACAUUUUGUUGACGCACACGAAGAACAUUCAGAUUGCCAGGCAGAAUCUGGAGCAAGCCUGGACUCUCUCGCAGUCACUGGCAGGAUUCGACGACGUGAAGUUUGAAGCCGCCAGCCUGCUGGCAGGCCUUUACGAGCAACAGGGCCAGAUCGACUACGCCAAGCCCAUCCUUCGCAAGGCCAUCGAGAUCUCCCAGCAGGCCAUCUAUUGGCAUUGCCGACUUCUCUUCCAGCUCGCGCAAAUACACAUGAAAGAGCGAGAUUACCAGUCGGCAUUGGGCCUGUUGGAAGUGGGAGUUGAAUAUGCCAACUUCUCUGGGGCUGGGUAUACCAGGAUCCUCUUCAUGCUCAGCAAGGCUAUGCUGCUGAUCAUCGAAAGGCGACCGGACGAGGAGGUGAGGGGUCUCCUGGGUCAGGCGGGGGUACUCGUCGAAAACUGGAGCGGAAAUGCUCCCCAGAAGGAAUAUCUCAGGGUCUUCUAUCUCAUUCUUCAGGUCUGCCACUACCUGCUGCGCGGGCAUGUGAAGAGCCUGAAACCAUAUCUGAAGCAGUUGCACCAGAGCAUCCAGACGAUGUCGCAGCCGGAAUGGCUGGCCGACGAGGCGGAGCUGCUCGGCAGCAACGCGGGGGACAACUUCAUGUGGCUGCCCCGGGACCACCUCUGCGUCCUCGUCUAUCUCGUCACCGUGGCCCAUCACAUGCAGGCUGGGUACAUGGACAAGGCACAGAAGUAUGCUGAGAAGGGGCUCAUGCAAGUGGAGAAGCUCAAGAUUCUGGACACGCGUCCGAUCCUGACGACCUUCCACGUGAUGCUCCUCGAGCACCUGGUGAUGUGUCGGCUCGUGAUGGGGCACAAGGCGCUGGCGAUCCAGGAGACGCAUACCAUGGCCCAGCAACUCCUCUCCCACCCAGCCAUUGCAAACAAUCACAUGCCUCAGCUGCACACCAUCCUCGGGCUGUACGCCAUGGGCAUGAACUGCAUGGAAGAUGCCGAGGCCCAGUUCGUGAUAGCGCUGAGGACAUCUCGGAACCAGGAGCUGUGGACGUUUGUGAAUCUAAACCUGGGGAUCGUGUACCUGCGCGGGAAGCGGGAGCACGAGUUCCUCGCCCUCCAGUCACGCAUCGACCCGGAGCAGCUGCCGAGCAUGUCCGACAGCCUCCGAGCCGCCGCCUAUUACGUCCAGGGGCUCCGUGCCUUCUUUGCCAACCACCACCAGGAGGCCAAACGGUUCCUGAGGGAGACCCUGAAGAUGGCGAACACGGAGGACUUCAACCGUCUGAUGAGUAUCUCCCUUGUACUGCUGGGCCACAUAUUUCUAGCACAGGGGAACAGUCAGGAGAGCUUGAACAUGGUGACACCGGCCAUGCACCUCGCCUCCAAGAUCCCCGACGACCACGUCCAGCUCUGGGCCUCUGCCAUACUCAAAGAUCUCUACACGGUGUGCCAGAACCCGAACCGAGCGAUGGAAGCAUCGCAGAUGAUGUCCUCGUUCUCGUCGAAGCUCCUGCAGGACCAUAUCGAUGCAUCCAAGCUCCCUGAGCACUCCCUCAUCAAAUGGACAGAUGGGCCGUUCCCACUCUCUUCCGUGGCCCACGUACCUCCACCUUCCAACCCCCUCAUCUGAGGCUUCUCGGGUCAGAGAUUUUAUCGGUAUCGUCUUUUGUUAAAAGUUAUUUAUGAAUGGUGACCCAGUGUUUAUUUUAGGUCUGUGGUGGUUUUUUUAUUGUUUGUUUGGCAAUCAGGA